UCCACAGUAGCAGCUUUCCGUCCUCCUCCUCCUCCUCCUCCACCACCUCGCUCCCACCUUCCUCACAACUUCGUCUUCUUCAUUCAUUCAUUCUUUCUCUCUCCCUCUCCCUCUUCAUCCUCCCCGAAAUCACUACCUUCACAAUGGCCUCCAAAGCUUUGCCCACUCACCUCAGAGCUCCUGCCAGCGAUGCCAGCUCCGGCUCGUUUGGCAAGCACCACGGAAAGUCUCAGUCUCACAUGGCCUUCGAAAAUGCCUCCACCAGCGUGGCUGCCUCUCAGAUGCGCAACGCCCUGAACGCCCUCGCCGAGACUGUUCCCGAUGCCGCUGAGCGCAAGCGCUUCGAGGCUGAGAUGGACAACUUCUUCGCUCUUUUCCGCAGAUUCCUCAACGACAAGGCCAAGGGUAACGAGGUCAAUUGGGACCGCAUCGCUCCCCCCCAGCCCUCUCAGGUGGUUGGCUACGAUGAGCUGGGUGCUGAGGCCUCUGUCGAGUUCCUGAACAAGCUGGCUGUCGUCAAGCUCAACGGUGGUCUGGGUACCUCCAUGGGAUGCGUUGGCCCCAAGUCCGUCAUUGAGGUCCGUGAGGGCAUGUCCUUCCUGGAUCUCUCGGUCCGUCAGAUCGAGCACCUCAACCGCACCUUCAACGUCAACGUUCCCUUCGUCCUGAUGAACUCCUUCAACACCGACCAGGACACCCAGUCCAUCAUCAAGAAGUACCAGGGCCACAACGUCGACAUCAUCACCUUCAACCAGUCCCGUUACCCCCGUAUCAUCAAGGACUCCCUCCUCCCCGCUCCCAAGUCCUUCGAUGCUCCUCUCCAGGACUGGUACCCUCCCGGACACGGUGACGUCUUCGAGUCUCUGUACAACUCUGGUACCCUCGACAAGCUCCUGGAGCGCGGUGUCGAGUACAUCUUCCUGUCCAACGCUGACAACUUGGGUGCCGUCGUGGAUCUCCGCAUCCUGCAGCACAUGGUUGACACUCAGUCUGAGUACAUCAUGGAGCUGACCGAUAAGACCAAGGCCGACGUCAAGGGUGGUACCAUCAUUGACUACGAGGGCAAGGUCCGCCUGCUCGAAAUCGCUCAGGUGCCCAAGGAGCACGUGAACGAGUUCAAGUCGAUCAAGAAGUUCAAGUACUUCAACACCAACAACAUCUGGAUGAACCUCCGCGCCAUCAAGCGCGUGGUUGAGGAGAACGAGCUGGAGAUGGAGAUCAUCGCCAAUGAGAAGUCCAUCGCCGCUGACAAGAAGGGCGAGGCCGACCAGGCCAUCUACCAGCUGGAGACCGCCGUCGGUGCCGCCAUCCGCCACUUCAAGAACGCUCACGGUGUCAACGUUCCUCGCCGUCGUUUCUUGCCCGUCAAGACCUGCUCUGACCUCCUGUUGGUCAAGUCCGACCUCUACCGCCUGGAGCACGGCCAGCUGGUCAUGGACCCCAACCGCUUCGGUGGCGUUCCCGUCAUCAAGCUUGGCUCCGACUUCAAGAAGGUCUCGGACUUCCAGAAGCACAUCCCUAGCAUCCCUCGCAUUGUCGAACUCGACCACCUCACCAUCACCGGUGCUGUCAACUUGGGCCGCAAUGUGACGCUCAAGGGUACCGUCAUCAUCGUUGCCACUGAGGGCAGCACCAUUGACGUUCCCCCGGGCUCUGUGCUCGAGAACUGCGUCGUGCAGGGCAGCCUGCGUAUCCUGGAGCACUAGAUGGUUCGUUGACGUUUGGAGAUUCAGUUCUCACCCCAAUGGUCUGGGGACUGAGAGGCGGAAUUGGCAUGGACUGAUAGAUCUGUCUAUACUAGCAGCGGGGGGGGGGAAACGUGUUGUUCUCUUGUCUGCAUCAUCCUUUUU